AUGCUAGGAACACAGCUUUGUUCCCUUGUUAUUCUUCUCUCUUUCGCAAACGCUUUCUCUCUUUGGGAGGCUUUAGGAUUCGGCCUUCAUGACAACAGUCUUGGUCAAUCCCAUUUUUUUGACGGACCAAAAAAUCUGGUCCAACAUCUUCGGAAUCGUCCAAUUCGGACAGGAAACGAUUUCACGGUUUUCCAAUCGGACAUCGAUCAGGGCUACACCAUGAGAAUCAAGGAGGUGGACCCUUUUAAACUGGGAAUAGACACUGUUAAACAAUAUUCUGGUUAUCUCGAUUACGAAGAUUCCAAACACUUUUUUCACUGGACUUUUGAGUCCAGAAACGACCCUGAAAACGACCCUGUUAUUUUAUGGCUGAAUGGUGGUCCCGGCUGUUCCUCAUUCACAGGUCUGUUUUUCGAACUGGGUCCCUCUUCCAUAGGUCCAGAUCUCAAGCCCAUCUACAAUCCUUAUUCUUGGAAUAACAAUGCUACUGUUAUUUUCUUGGACCAACCCAUUGGCGUCGGCUUUUCGUGGGGAGAUGACAGAAUCUCGUCUACCAACGCAGCAGGCAAAGACGUUUACAUCUUUUUGGAACUGUUUUUCCAAAAAUUCCCUCAUUUGAGAAGCAACGAUUUCCACAUUGCAGGUGAGUCCUAUGCGGGCCACUACAUUCCAGAGAUUGCUCAUCAAAUCGCGGUCGUUCAUGAGCACGAUAAGACUUUCAAUUUGACCUCGAUCAUGAUUGGAAACGGAAUCACGGAUUCUCUGGUGCAAUACAAUUAUUAUGAACCAAUGGCCUGUGGAAAGGGCGGAUACAGGUCUGUGAUCUCAGAAGAAGAAUGCUCAAAAAUGAGACUUGACAUGCCUCGGUGCGCAGUCCUAAAUCAGGCCUGUUACUCUAGCGGCUCGACUUUUGCUUGUAUUGCGGCAGCAACAUACUGUGAAAACAUGGCGAUGAACGCGUACUCCAAAACGGGACUAAACGUGUAUGACAUUCGCAGUGAGUGUGAGGAUGAGAAAAGUGGGCUGUGUUACAAAGAUAUGGCUUACAUCGAAGAUUAUUUGAAUCAACCAGCUGUUCAAGCCGCAGUGGGAUCAGACGUCUCGAAGUUCACGGGAUGCAAUGAUCAGGUUUUCCUUGCAUUCACAUUGACUGGAGACAAUAGCCGUCCUUUCCAACAGUACGUGUCGGAACUUGUCAACAGAGACAUUCCUGUCCUAAUUUACGCGGGUGACAAAGAUUUCAUUUGCAACUGGCUCGGAAACAAGGCCUGGAUUGAAACCUUGGAAUGGAAGCACAAAAACGAUUUCUCAUCUUUGCCUCUAGAACCAUGGGUCUCUACUGAAAGUGGAGAAAGCAUGGGAGAAGUGAAAAGCUUUGGUUCCCUUACCUUUUUGCGUAUUUUUGAUGCUGGCCACAUGGUGCCAUAUGAUCAGCCCGAGAGCAGCUUGGAAAUGGUUAAUAGAUGGACUGCAGGUGAGUAUAAACUCGGCUACAAGAAGUAA